AUGGCUUUCAUUUGUGGUUCUCCCCAUACCCAAGAAGAAGAUGAUUACGAUGUGCUUUGGCCAUUUCCUUCCACUUGUCCAAAAAAACCAACUAGAAGAGGACUCGUUUUCCGAGGCAGCCGAAGAAGUAAAAACCCAACAAACCCAUACGCAGAUCGUGGACUUGACAAAUUUGAGGCACUUUUAGCUGAUCUUGGUCACAAAAGACAGGAGAUUUUGACACAGAAAGGGUCUGAAGAUGUGUCCAUGGUUAAGUUCGUUUACAGAAGCCCCGAUGAAGUUAAACCUAUUGUGGUCAAGUUACGCGGUAAAAGAAAACAAGAUAACACGAGCUCAUUGGAGAGUACUCCAGAAAGGGAACAUCAAAAAGAUGAUGCUUUUGUUAAAGGGCAUAAUGAUAAUGGUAAUGAAUCCGAAGAAGGUAAAAUAGUGAAAACAUUGUUUGGUGAUCCUAAGAAGAAGAUUAUGUUUUAUCCAUGGAUAAGAAAGCUCGGAAAGGGGUGGAAACCUUCCUAUUAUUUCCCUUUGUUUCUGAUCUUGAUCUUAGUAUUAUUAAUGUUUACUGGACGGUCUUUUGCGAUCUUAUGCACUUCUCUUGGUUGUCACCACCCAACCAACACCACCCACCACCACCACCCAUCACUAACCACCACCACCAACCACCACCCACCACCCAUCACUACCAACCACCACCCGCCACCACCAUCACCAGCCACCACCAUCACCGCCCAACGACCACCACCUACCACCACCAACCACCUCCACCACCCACAACUACUACCUACCACCCAUCACCACCACCGCCACCGCCACCACCACCCACCACCACCACCACCCAUCACCACCCACCACCACCACCCAUCACUAACCACCACCACCAACCACCACCCAUCAUUACCCACCACCGCCAAGAACCACCACCCGCCACCAUCACCCCCAUCACCCACCACCAUCACCACCCAACCACCACCACCCGCUGCCACCACCCGCCUCCACCACCUAUCACCACCGCCCGCCACCACCACCAACAACCACUACCUACCACCCAUCACCACCACCCAUAACUACCCACCACCACCAACCACUACCCACCACCCAUCACUACCCACCACCCACCACCACCCCCCACCCACCACCCCCACCACCACCGCCACCACCACCCAUCACUACCCACCACCACCCACCACCCAUCACUACCCACCACCUAUCACCACCCACCCAGCACUACCCGCCACCACCACCCACAUCCACCCAUCACCCACCAAAACCACCACCCAUCACUAUCACCACCACUUGCAACCACCCACCCACCCACCACCACCCAUCACCACACACCACCACCACCCGUCCUCCACCACCUGCUGCCACCACCCCCACCCCCACCUAUAA